CAGGAGAAAAAUAAACAGUUUUUGUAACUUAUCUUCCAUUUUUUUCUGGGAGGAAUGAUUUCUUUUGAGAUAUGCUCUAUGAAUUUUAAUUUCGUUUGCAAAAAGCAUUUUUGAAAAUGCGCCAAAAUUUUAAGUAGCAAAAUAUAAGUGAAUAAAGCUAGCUUUCAUUUCUUCUACUUUUGUUCAUUUAUUCAUUUUUCGUUUAUUUAAUUUUAUCAAUUAUCAAUAGAUAUGUCAAAAGUGUACGGUAACACAACAUCGUGGGGAUUUUCACCUGCACAAGAUUUACUGGAUGUCUUAGACAGACAUGUGAAGAGUGAUAACAACGCGUUGAACAUUCUGUUAGUUGGCUCUGGAGAUGGAAGACAUAUAUUGAAAACUUUAACAAAACUGCACAAAUCAAAACAAGAAAUUAAUUUUUACGUGAUUGAAAACGACUUAGAAACGGUGGCAAGGCAAAUCUUGCUUAUAAAUCUUGCUAACGAAUCUCUGAAUAAAUAUGGAGUACUAGAGAAAGCAGAACUUUUUCUUGAACUUUUUGGUAACAGCUUGAUUCGUGAUGUCACCGAAGACUACCUGUGCAAAAAAGCUGAUAAGUUUAUAAAAUGGAUUACAGAUGAGAACUGCGUCGAAAGUGGGUGUUUGGCGUGGGAUUUUUCAAAUUUGAAAUUUAAAGAACGUGACCAACUGGAAGGUAUAUUCAAAUUUUGGAGAAAUAAAGAUGAUAGUAUAUUUAAUAUCAAGGAGUACUGGGACCAACGUUUGCGACACCAUCUUGGAGUUCGUUACGACUCCCGCAAAAACUGUUAUGACUGGGAGUAUAGUAUGAAAUUGAAAGGGAAAGCAUCCAUUGUAGGGUGGCACGAAUACAAACAGUGGAGAGAGUUUGGAGUCGCUUUCAAUGUAAGAGACGAGUCAGCUUAUGUGAAAGCGAAUAAAACACUGGCUUCUGGUGUUGUUGUGAAGAAAGAUGGCGAACGCAUCAACAGACGUGGUUAUUGGGGUGACAUUAUAAACAGCCCGUUUAUUUCGUUCGGAGUUGAAUCCGACGACAAAAGUUUAUUCAAAACGAAUAAUAACAUUCACGUAAAAACAUCAACUGAUGUUUGCCUCCAUAACAUUACCUCGAUAAUCUAUGAGCUGAAUUACGGAGUGCCGUAUUCGCAAAAAGCCGAAGACAAGGUAACAGAGGUGACGAAAGAAAAAGAAGACUCUGAAGAGUGUCCCGCUGUGAGCAGCGACAAAUUGACAAAUUCGCGAGUGUCUUUUUUACCCGCAGCGAGCGUGUCAGAUCUUCAUAGGAAAUCCAAAUAUAAAAGCAAGUUCGACUUAAUUUCGUUCUCUAAUAGCAUGGUUCAUUUUUUGGAUGAUACUGUUAAAAUGUUAUUCUCUCCAAAUGGAUUGCUGAUGAUCGAGUCCACAAAGUUUAUGUUGGACCUAAAGGACGAUUUACACCAGGAGUAUGAAAAAAAAAUUAAAAGUAUGGCAGAAGCAGUUGGUUGUGUGGAAGUUAAAAAUUUUGAUGUUGCUAAGGAUUCAUUUGCCGUGUUUAAAUGUUCUGGUUGUUAAGAUCUUCUUUUAUAUAUACACAAUGUGGUUCAAAGGAAUACUUAACUAAGUUCAUUUUCUAAUGUUUUGAAAGUUCGUGAAGACAUUUUUUUAGGGCGUACUUCAGGCUUGGUAUUUUUAGUACUUUUUACAAGGGCAGAGUGUAAAUGUAAUUUAAAAAAAAAUUUUAAACAGUUCUAAUAUAUUUCAGGCAAAUUUAUAUUUUUCAAGUUGUAUAAAUUGCAAUUUAUUGUAAAGCGUAAUAUAUUUUAAUACUAGAA